AUGUCAUCGCAGGACAAUCGCGCCAAAUACGUUCAAAACGGCGUCAUGGAGGUAUUUGAUCCCAACUUCAAGUACCUUUACCUGGUGCCCGCCCACUUUGUUUUACAUGUUCCACCAGCACGGUUGAAUAUCUCCCGCCUUGUGAUUUGCCGCAAUUACAGAUCUGGCGUUCCAAACUCCUGCGCAAAGGAGGAAAGUUGUCGCUUCGUACAUGCCGAUGUUGAUUACAGCACGCUGGAGGCGCAUCCCAUUCAUGUGAAUUACAUAUGGCGCCAUGAGGACCAUUGCACGUACGAACGGCUACCAGCUGGAGACGUUUUGGAGGUUUGCUCACAGGAAAACCCUCAAGAGCAUGAACUUAUUUCCAGCGAACUUGUCCUCGUCACACGCGGGUCAGUGGCACACCAUAAUGCACUCCCGCACUCACUGAUGCGUUGCCCUCUUUAUACAACCAACCGAAUGUGCAGCCGUGGCGAGCGAUGCAGUUUUAUUCAUACACUUUGUGUUGACCCGACUGUUGUGGGUGACUUUAAACGGGCACCCGCCCGUACCGCAGCCGUAACUCCAACGCCGAGGUCCCCUGCAGUCGCGAGUGCCACGGAUUCUCAAAAGAUGCCGCGUACGUUUGCAAGCGGGACUCCGAUGUUAAGCGACUUCUGCAUUUCGUCACCGGAGCGUGAGGCGCCAGCGUUAUCCAUGGGAGCAGGCGGUUACACCGCCUUGUCUUUUCGUGUAGAUGCCGCUGGUGAGCCACUUCCAGCAACAUGCAGCGUAAUUCCACGAUGCCGAGUGACCGCACGCGUCCGCACGAGUACCGUCGUGAAGAGCCGACCGACACUUGUUGCAGCCUUCAGCGAUGCUUCAGUCUCCAGACGGAGCGCCAUGGCAACCAACUCACGGCCCGCUUCAUAUUGCCAUAAUCCUUACUAUCCUGUUCUCUGCAGGUCAUAA